AUGAUUUUGUCGUCCGUGAUACUUUUCUUUGCAUUUUACGUAGGUUGGAUAAAAUGGAUUUAUCAUCGAUAUCACAGGACAUCCGUAAUGUCAGGUCUUUUAUCCAAUGACCCUGAACAUAAAAGGGGUUUCCGAGAUGUACAAGAAACUUCUCUCGCACUUGAUUCAGGGCGAGCAUUGUUUGUAAUUGCACAUCCUGAUGAUGAGUGCAUGUUUUUCAGUCCUUCAAUAAUUAUGUUGUUGAAGCAGAAUGUUUCUGUGCAGUUGUUAUGCUUGUCAUCUGGUAAUUACUACAAUCAGGGCGUGCAGCGCAAAAAAGAACUCCUCGACAGUGCAGCCGUUUUGGGAAUAGCAGCAUCCCAAGUCUUCAUAAUUGAGCACAAAGAUCUUCAAGAUGACCCUAAAGCAGAAUGGAGCAUUUCUCUCACAUCAAACCUGAUUUUGAGACACAUCCAGACACAUUCCAUCAACGUUGUACUGACAUUCGACGGAAGUGGAGUAAGUGGCCAUGCCAACCACAUUGCCAUCUACAAGGCCCUCAGUCAUCUUGCUGUCACUGGGAAAGUACCACAUGACUGUCAUGUCCUGGUUUUGAACACCAUCAGCAUCUUCAGAAAGUAUCUCUCCAUCUUGGAGCUGCCUAUCAGUUGGCUAAUUCCCUCUGACCUGUGCUGCAUACUUAGUUCAAAAGAGUAUAAACAAGCCAAAAGGGCCAUGUUCUGUCAUCGCAGCCAGUUGUUGUGGUUUCGCCACCUCUACAUACUCUUUUCUCGCUAUAUGUUUGUCAACACAUUCCACGACAUCCCCCUUUCCAGGAAAGAUAUCAAAGUCUAUUAGUUUGACCUUCCAUUUUGUCCUCACAACUUGAGGAAUGAACUAAAUUCACCACUUACAACUAGAGGUAUACUGACCAAUUUACCGAAAUGACUGGUAGCCCCUAUGGACACACUAACCAAUGCACUGGAACAAUUACGUUGUUACGAGUAUGGACACACUGACCAAUACACUGGAAUGACUGGGCUAUGUUUACGAGUAUGGACACACUGACCAAUACACUGGAAUGACUGGGCUAUGUUUACGAGUAUGGACACACUGACCAAUACACUGGAAUGACUGGGCUAUGUUUACGAGUAUGGACUGGCCUGCAUAAAGACACAGUUAAACCGUAUGUUACUUUUUACCGACUACGGCUGCUGGUGUAUGCACUGACAUUUUAUUUUAAUGUUAUUGAGUUGUAUCUUCCGAUUUUCUUCUUGACCCUUUGUUAAAUUGAAGCAUAUACCGGUAAUAGCUCCUGUUGAACCAUGCUAAUUGAUGUUGCCUUUGAUUCAUGACUCUCCUAAAGAAAACAUUCAGUUCAAAUUGAUCUCAAUGGACACUGUUAGGACUGUUCUGUUACUUGGUUUUGUGAAGAUGAUUUGUAGUAGGCCUGUUUUUACAUUCAUGCUGCAGAGCUGGUGCCUUCCUCGUGUAAUUAAGGACUUUUAUUCCAUUACUGUAAAAAUAAAUAUCUUUACUAUGUUAA